CCCACUCUAACUCCAAUUUGCUCUACUGUGCUACUCUGCUACUACCGAUGACAUCAACACCUAAAGCCGAGGAUUUUGUCUCUCAGCCGAAAGGAUCUUUGAAUGAAACGGCUGUCUUGAGGAAUGCGCUUCCAAAAACCAAGCAUAGAAAGCGUCAUACUCCUAGACGUACUUGGGUGUACGGUUUCUGGAUGAAGCUUAAAUAUUAUCGACAGCAGGCCGAGAAGUACAAUCUCGAUUGGCAGAAUCAUCCCGUGGGCGUGUCUUUCUCCAUACUUCACAACCUAAUAGCUGCCACGGGCGUCUAUUUCUCUGUCCGUAGCGUGAGCUAUCGCGGAAAAAUGGCUAUGAUACUAGUGUUUGCGGAGGACGACGAUAGACGAAGGAUAAAGAAGAAGGAAUUCUCGACAAAGCAAAUGGACAGGGUCCGGAAAGAGCUUGGGCUUCCGAAUGGGACCAAGCCACGGUGGUAUGAAAGCAAGGGAGAGGAAUACGACCCAAAUGUAGGACUUGAGAGCGAGGAUGAGGAAUUCCCCGAUGGCCCCUACGAGAAUCCGUACAUGACUUCGGAAGAUUCGUACCAGAUGGAUGGGACAGAUACUGUACGCGAUGGCUGUGAAGUGCUUAAAUAACUUAUUUUUCGUUUAAACUAUGUGUAUUGUCGCAGUAUCUUUUUUAUUUUGUUCUAUGUAUUCUAUACCAGUGAUAUUGAC